GCGUGGGGUUCCAAGGUAGGUAUCGAUGGCUGCUGCUUCCACUGCGGUGGUGGCUCUUCUAUCGCCUUUCCACCCGCCUCCAGGUUCGAGUCGCCAAACCUCGAAACUCAUAGUUGUCUUCUCGUCUCGCCAUAGCUGGAGAUCGCGUCCACCUCUGCGGCGCCUGGUGGCUUCGCCUCGAUUCGGCCCCGUGCACUGUUCCUCUUCCGGCGACAACUCGAGCGAUGCGGGUGAUAAUUCAGGCUUUUGCAUCAUAGAAGGCCCUGAGACACUCCAAGAUUUCGUCCAGAUGCAGCUGCAAGAAAUUCAAGACAAUAUUAGGAGUCGACGCAACAAAAUCUUUCUUCUCAUGGAAGAGGUUAGGAGAUUGCGGAUCCAGCAGCGGAUUAAGAGUGCAGAAUGUAGCGGUGACAGUUGCGAGGACAAUGAGAUGCCUGACAUUCCAUCAACUAUUCCAUUUCUCCCUCAUAUGACACCGAAAACAUUGAGGCAACUUUACCUGACCUCAUUCUCCUUUGCAUUUGGGAUAAUUGUUUUUGGGGGUCUUCUUGCUCCAACACUGGAGUUGAAAUUAGGACUUGGCGGCACAUCCUAUGAGGAUUUCAUACGUAACAUGCAUUUACCUCUGCAGCUAAGUCAGGUCGAUCCCAUUGUAGCAUCCUUCUCAGGUGGUGCAGUAGGUGUCAUAUCAGCCCUGAUGUUGCUUGAAGCCAACAACGUUGAGCAACAAGAAAAGAAGAGAUGCAAGUACUGCCAUGGCACUGGAUAUUUGGUCUGUGCUAGAUGUUCUGCUAGUGGUGUUUACUUGAGCAUUGAACCGAAUUCCAUUCCUGAUGGUUGCAAUAGUCCUUUUCAACCGCCUUCAACUCAGAGGUGUACAAAUUGCUCCGGAACUGGAAAGGUCAUGUGCCCAACAUGCCUAUGCACAGGUAUGGCUAUGGCAAGUGAACAUGAUCCGCGUAUAGAUCCGUUCGAUUGAAUCCUCGAACAAGAAGCUGCUGUCUCGGAUGCAGGUUCGGCUUUAGUAUGCCUGUUGUUGCUAUAUCAUUGUAGUCCUUCGUGUUAGAGUUUCUCGAACUUGACAUGACUUGCUUUGUAUUAUCAAAUCGUAACCACGAAUAGUAGGGUUGGCAAUGGCUGAAAAGAAAACAUUUGACACACAAA